AUGUUCGGUCGCACGGAAACGAACAAGGACAGCUUCCUUGUCCAAACAAAAGCGGCGCGGGAAGAACGAGCCAACGAACGUGCCCAGGAAGAACGGCGAGAUCGUUCGAUACUGCUGCUUCAGCGUAAUAUCCGCGGAUGGUUGGCGAGAACGAAAUUUCGUCAGUUGAUACUCGACGAAUUCGAUGAAUUGUUGCCUCCGGUCACGAAUGUCGGAAAGCCGAUCGAACUCAAGCCCAGCCUGGCGGUUUACUGCGCCGCCACGCACUUUCUGCUGCAGUGGAAGGCCGAGACGAGUGCACCGGAAUCAGCACCGCAUCGGGAACGACUCGAGCGUCUUUGUCGGUACCUGGUAGCGAGUCUCGAGUCAGAUUCUCCCAAAACGAGCUAUAUCGGGGUGGCGUUCAAUAAGGACCUAAGCCUGGCGUGGAUACGACACAUUAAGAAGCUGCUCUACCGGUGCUGCACUGCGAUCGAGCUGCUCAAACCGGAGGUACACAGUGACAGCAUAUCAUUGGCCUUAUACCUGCACACGCUGGUAGCCUUCACGUCGAUAAAUAGCUGGGCGUUGGUACGCAACAAGUCCUUGGUCGGGCUGAAGGCCGGCAUGACGCAGCUAUGCGCAAAUGUGAUGGGUGACCUGGUGCAGAAGGGCUUUUAUCUAACGCUGCGAAACGUGCUCGUUAAAGGCACCUGUCGUCCGGUGGUGAACCUGAAGCCCAUCUCACUGACCGCCCUGGUGACGCUUGCCCUACGGCCACUGAUAUCCGCUGGGUACAGUGAAAAUCUGUUGAGCCAGUUUCUCGUACAAAUUCUCUCCGUACCGGGGAUGAUCAUGCAGCUGGAACAGUACACCCCGGAAUGCCUCGUAACCAUCCAGUCACACGGUACGCUGGAGAAAACGCUCGAUCUACUGAGUGGGGAACAAUCUACGAAGUUUGUUGUGGCCAGCUUGCAGAACAGCAAUUUGCUCGCGUUGCUGGCCAAUAUCGUGCACCUGUAUUAUCUGGAGCCGCCUGAGAACGCAGCCAAGCUUUCCUAUCCCGCGUUCACGUUCGUCGUGACCCAGCUGCUAACUGGUAUCCUGAACAGCCUUAGCCAAGCCGGUGGUGCCUUCACGCAGUGGCACGAGCUGCUGGGAUGGUUCUCUCCCGGCAAAGACCGGCUGCAGCACGAAAAUUUACCCUUGAUCAAGAAGCAAAUCCAUCUGCUGUGGAACCAUCGGAUCGUGAAGCUGCUGCUCGGGGACAAUCUGAAGGAGCUGGCGGUCGGAUACGAGACGAUCGAUUACCCCAUCCCGAGUGGAAACAGUACGGGAAAUUUGCUGAAACGCGCUCUUACAUUCGAGCGAAGCUCGAUCAAGGGUCAACCUAACAAGGCGGGUAAAACGUACCGCAAGCUUGGUUCGGCUGAAGUAUCGCGCGUUGCGUUGACCUGCUCGAUGUACCACGCGGCGUUGAAUGCACUCUCGCAGCUUCGACUGGACAUUCUUUCCGGACUCUGCUAUAACGAUACGGUUCUGCACGACCUUUGGCUUCUUCUGGGGUCGAUAGGACCGAACUGCGGCCUGAAGGGAUUCAUUGAGCUUCUGCAAGUCAGUCAAACGAACUAUGCGCCUCCGCUGCUGCUUCUCUCAUUGUUCUGUGAUUGCAUGACCCAUUACGUAACCAUCUUGGAUGAUUUGGAAAUGUACGAGCAGCAAACGCCCUUCACGCUGAAUGACUACAUCGUGUUGUCGCAUUUCCUCAACACAUUUCUCUAUCGCACGAUCCAGGAUCAGAUAUUGGAUGCCAAGACGGCCACAAGCGCGCCUCUGUUCGUAUCCAUACACACGCUGCUGCUAUGUCUGUACCGACGCGACUGUCGGCGCCAGUUUGCUUUGCCAAACCACUGGCUUAUCCGAGAUAUUCGUCCCUCGCACUUUUUGGCCGAUCUGGAGAAGGGCAAGAAACACACGCAGAUCCUUCUGCAGAAGAUGCCGCACGUCAUCCCGCACGAGGAUCGCGUACAGUUGUUUCGGAAGUUCGUGCAAAACGAGAAAGCGGUUCUUGGGCUGACGGAAUCCGCCUGUGCUUCUCCCAGUUCCGCCUUGGUUACGGUACACCGGGAUCGUAUCGUGGAAGACGGCUACCGGCAGCUGGCCGCGUUGCCACCGCACGGGCUUAAAGGCGUCAUUCGGGUGCGAUUCAUCAAUCAGCAGGGUUUGGACGAGGCUGGUAUCGAUCAGGAUGGUGUGUUUAAAGAGUUCCUCGAGGAAACAAUCAAGCGUGUAUUCGAUCCGUCGCUAAAUCUCUUCAAGACGACAACCGAACAACGGCUGUAUCCUUCGCCGACUUCACACAUGCAAGAGAACCAUUUGGCGUUGUUCGAGUUCGUUGGACGGAUGCUGGGGAAGGCGGUUUACGAGGGCAUCGUAGUGGACGUGCCGUUUGCUUCGUUCUUUCUCUCGCAGGUACUGGGGCAAACGCAGCAAGCAUUGUACAGCUGCAUGGAUGAGUUGCCGUCGCUCGACAAGGAGCUUUAUCGUAGCCUUACGUUCAUCAAGCACUAUCAGGGCGAUGUGGCCGAUUUGGACCUUACGUUCAGCGUGGACGAGGAUGUGAUGGGAAAGAUCGUUACCCACGAGCUGCAUCCGGGUGGCAAGGCACGAGCCGUUAACAACGAUAAUAAGAUUAAUUACAUCCACUACAUGGCGUACUUUCGCAUGCAUACGCAAAUACGCGAUCAAACGGCCGCGUUCAUACGAGGGUUCCGCAGCAUCGUUAACCCAGAUUGGUUAGCAUUAUUCUCCACACCGGAGUUACAAAGACUCAUAUCGGGAGACACGUCGCCACUGGAUUUGAAGGACCUGCGAAAGCAUACCCAGUAUUACGGUGGCUUUCACGACGGCCAUCGGGUCGUUUCAUGGUUAUGGGAUAUUCUUGCCAAAGACUUCACCGAGGAGGAGAAGAAACUGUUCUUGAAAUUCGUCACAAGCUGCUCGAAACCACCACUGCUUGGAUUUGCCCAUCUAGAGCCGCCGUUUUCCAUCCGUUGCGUGGAGGUAGGCGAUGACGAGGACAUCGGCGAUACGGUAGGAUCGGUCAUACGCGGAUUUUUCACCAUCCGUAAGAAGGAUCCGCUCAACCGUCUGCCCACCUCGUCCACGUGUUUCAAUCUGCUGAAGCUGCCUAACUACCAGAAGAAAAGCAUGCUACGGGACAAGCUUCGCUACGCGAUCUCUAGCAACACCGGCUUUGAGCUAUCAUAAGGCAGUGCACGGUGGAUGAUCGUUCCAGCUGUGGGUGAAGCCACUUCUUCCUUUCUUCCCCCGAGGGGCCAUAGGUAUGUAGCACACAAGAGCAUCUUAUGAAUUGGAUGAAUGGGUAUGAAAUUCAUUAAACUGUGAUAGUAAGCAUAAGAUGUUCAUUUGGGCGCGGCGAUAAAAAAAAUGCAUUGCAAAAGUGAAAGCGAGGGAACUUUUGAUGAAAUUAUCAUUUUGUGGUGUCAAUCGUAUAUUUCUGAAUACGAUUAUCUCUGCCCUUAGAAUAUCUUAUCUGUGUCUGGUAUUAAGAUAACAGGUUGCCCGAAAGAUCGGUAUGUAGAGGCAACAAAAAAAGAACAAUAGUUGAACCCAGUGUUUUCGAUGUAUUCAAAUUUAAUCCGUUGGUGUGUAAUAAUAGUAGUAUAUUUUAUUGGUUUAGUGAAAGUAUGGCAAGCCAGGGAGUGUAGAAGCUGGUCUUGUUCGUGGCUUGAUGCAAUCGGAGGUAAACUAUACACGUAUCAGGAAUCGGAAAAAAACAAAUCACACGUCAUGGAAUGGGUCUGAUGCGUGAUUAGUUUAUUUUUUUUUGAAACAUUGUAGCGUUGCUGUAGGUGUGUAAAACCAUGAUAAUCUAAUAUUUAUACUAUUGUAAUCAGAAGAGGGAAUAUUUUUUGAAAAUGUCUAAAACGGAUUCACCGCUACGAGAGAUAACUUAUUAUGCAAGCAAAGAUGUAGUUUGUUGCAAACGGCCGUACUAAAACAUAUUAUCUAUUAUCAUGUAAAAUGUUCCCAACGGAAGAUCGCACAUCCAACGACUGCAUAAGAAUUGUUUCAGUGUCGGAAAACUUUAUUAGCAGGCUGCAUAAUUGCAGACAGUCCGGAUCAGAUCAAUCAACUUAAUUAUACCAUACAUUUUGUUCAUGGAAACAUGCUUAGUCAGGAAUAUAAAAAUUUAUGACCAAAAUUGAGUGUAGCAUAUUAUAAAAAUCAGUUGUUUUUCCUAUAACACAAGCCAUCAUUAAUUUUGUUAUAAGAGCCAAAAACUCAAAAUUAUAAUCAAAUAUUUUUCGUAUAUUGGAUAACGAACUUCUUCUUCGAAACCAACAAACAGGAAAUGUCAUUUCUUUGCUUGGAAAUGUCAAAUUAUGACAGACUAUAGUGCACUAAAGAAUAUUUUCAAACAAACGACGGACAUAAUGAUUUUUCUCUAAAUAAUUUCCGCUUAUUCGUUUAUGACUCUGUAAAAAACUAUACAUAAUAAUAUAUUGAAAGAAAAUAUCACAGCUACGUUUUUAUCAUUGCCUUUUGUGAUAUGGAAAGCAGAUGUAUU